CUCUCUCACUGCCUUUCCCCCCAUAGCCAAACACGGUGCAGAGUCGCUGCCUCCCUCUCUCUCUCUCUCUCUCUCUCUAAGCUCUUGACCUUCUCGUCAUCGCCGGAAAAUGAUCCGGCGCCGGUGAAACCAGUCCCUGUAUACCGGAGAGGACUCGGAGGCCGUCGGCGCUUAGAUUCGGUGGCGGAGUUGGCGGACGCGAUCGCGUGUUGUUCCUCUUUUUUAUUUUUUUUUCGGUGACAUUGAUGAGUGUAUCUGACGGCGAUGGUGGGGAGUCUCUGGGUUUUUGGUUUGGAUUGAGAUGGUUGACGUUGAUCUUAGCUUGAAGAUAGAUUUUCAUGGCGAAAUCGAUGCUCAGAUCGGUGUGAAGAAAAAUAUCGGAGAGUGAAGUCAGGUCUGGUGUGCUUUGGUCGCGAGUCCAUGCUGUUUUCAAUGAAAAUCCAGCCGAUCGAUUGUCACAUUGAGGAGACGAUCAGGUUCGAACCAGUGAAGCCGGUCGUGAAGUCGCGGCUCAAGCGGCUCUUCGAGCGCCAGUUCAUCGGCGUGUUGAAGUCCUCGACGACCGAUAAGGUAAGUGGCGAAGGCGGUGCAACGAUCAAUAAGGACAGCUUCAAUGCCGAGGCAACCGAAUUCGAGCCGAGCUCUCUCUGCCUGACGAAGAUGGUGCAGAAUUUCAUGGAGGAGAGUAACGAGAAGCAGCCGUCUUCUGCCGUGAGGUGCGGACGCCACCACUGCAACUGCUUCAACGGGAGCGGGACCGACAGUUCAGAGGAAGAAGAAUCUGAGUUUCCAGGCGGCGGAGGAGGCAGAGGUCAAUGGGGCGAGUUCCAUGGCGAAUUGUGUCAAACGCUCAAGAGUUUGGUGAUGUGUGCGACGCUUUGUGAGAGGAAUUUGCUAGCGGACAGUGCGAGGAUUGUGGAGAAGCAGAAAAUGUCCAAGCGCAAGGACGAGAGCGUCCUGAAGAUCGUGUCAGACGGAUUGUUAACUCUGGGUUACGACGCCCGCGUGUGCAAGUCUCGCUGGGAGAAAUCUGCAUCCUUCCCAGCUGGCGGAUACGAGUACAUAGACGUGAUCAUCGAAAGCGAGAGACUCAUAGUCGACAUCGAUUUCCGGUCCGAAUUCGAGAUUGCUCGGCCGACAAAGACAUAUAAGUCCGUCCUCCAUGCCCUGCCCAACAUCUUUGUCGGCAAGCCCGAACGCCUUGGCAAAAUCAUCGCCAUCGUAUCUGAGGCUGCGAAACAGAGCUUGAAGAGCAGGGGAAUGCACGUCGCUCCAUGGAGGAAAGCAGAGUACAUGGAGGCCAAGUGGUUCGCACCCUGCGCGAGGUCCGCAACUCCGACCACCUCAAAUAACCCGCAUCACCUUCUCGACCGAAAGGACCAAUCAUCUCCAGGCGGGUCGGGGUCCUACGAAGAGCCCCUCGGGCCGAGUCCCUCGGAGCUCGACUGCUCCAUGUCUCUGCCGACCGAGAGCUCCGAGGAUGAUGAGGGGGCGAUGGCGAAAGGCAAGACGAUAGCAACGGUGAAGCUGAGGAAUUCGCAGGUGGGUGUAGAGAUCGUGAGUGGAUUGGCUUCAGUAAUUGAGGACUAAAGCUUUAGCAAGUCUGAGUUUUUGGGACUGUGGGGUAGAGACUCUUGCCUUUUUUCGGAGUUUCCCCUCUUUUACCUCCUCUUUUUUUUUUUUGUGUGUGGGUUUUUUGGGUUUGCGAUGCCUAUGAAGAGGAUCGUAUAUUUGCAGAUCCUGUAUGGCUUUUCUCUAAGUCUAACCUCUUCCGACGCCCUUCUGGUGUUUUUUUUGGGUUGCGUGCAAGGGCUCGACGAAAGAGUGACAAAGCAGUUUGUAAUAGCUUCCGCUCAAUCGGCUAC